CAGGAGAACAUUGACAAGGGAAGCUCAUCCAUCAAAAAGGCCGUCGGUCUGGGUAAACAGCCCAACGUCAUUCCCGUCACCAAGCCAAAGUUCAGACAGCGCGCCCGUCCUGUCCACGUGGGAUGGCAUCCCGUAGGUGGAGGCGCGGGCAAGUGGUUCGCCGAGGAGACGGUACUGGGCAAGAUGAUUACCGACAGUAUCAAGAAUUAUCCAGAUCCUACGCAGCACUGGGCUGUUUUGGUCGGAGGGUAUGCCCAUCAGUUGUGGAUGGAUGAAAAUCUCGACAUCAUCUAUACCAACCAAAAGGUCGUGCCAGAGGAAUGGAAAACCUUUGCCGUUGGAGAGACGCGCUUCAAUGACGACGCCAUUCGUCGCACAGGCGAAUCAACGAUUGAAAACAUUCGCCAAACGGCCCCGGCGUACAACCUCAUCACAAACAACUGCCAGACCUAUACCCUCCACCUCCUCGACGCCAUCAAGUCGGAAGGCCACCCGGAAUUCGGCACCACAAAGGCCAUCUACGACAGGAUGUUCGGUCCCGGGCAGGUCAAGGAUCUCUUCUCCGGUCCUGCUCAGGUGGACUCUGACGACGACGACGACGAUGACCCCACCGGUAGUAGUAGCGCCAAAGACAAGAAGGAGAAAAAGGAGAAGAAGAAGAAGGCGAAGGACGACAAGAAGGAAGGCACGGACAAGGAUGGCCAUCAAAAUAUCGAACGCACCGACACCGAGAAUGGCAAGAAGGGGAAUGGCAAGAAGGAGAAUGACGAGAAGAGAGAGGUGAAUAAUGACAAGCCGAGGCAGAUUGUUCAGGAGGGUAAGACUCAAAAGAAGAAUCUCGGUGGGUUCAUCUCUUCUCUCAAGAACAAGAUCAACAACAAGUCAUGA